UUGGCUUUUCACUGAACAUCUGGAAGGUGGGGAGGCAACUUCCGUCUGACUUCUUCAUGAGAAGGAAUGGCUGUUAUUUGGACACAGCCCAGAUGCUGUAGGGAAACCCUCUCUCCCACCCACUCUGCUCUGAACUCUCCUCAAGGGACCUGGCUUCGCAAUCCAGAGAUCCGCACGCAGCUGGUGGAGCAGUUCAAGUGCUUGGAGCAGCAGUCUGAGUCGAGGCUGCAGCUGCUCCAGGACCUCCAGGAGUUUUUCCGCCGGAAAGCCGAGAUCGAGCUUGAGUACUCCCGCAGCCUGGAGAAGCUGGCUGAGCGCUUCUCCUCCAAGAUCCGCAGCUCCCGGGAGCACCAGUUCAAGAAGGACCAGUAUCUCCUCUCGCCCGUGAACUGUUGGUAUCUAGUCCUGCAUCAGACCAGGCGGGAGAGCCGAGACCAUGCCACCCUCAAUGACAUCUUCAUGAACAAUGUCAUCGUCCGCCUCUCCCAAAUCAGCGAGGAUGUCAUCAGACUCUUCAAAAAGAGCAAGGAGAUUGGCCUGCAGAUGCACGAGGAGCUCCUGAAGGUCACCAAUGAGCUCUACACGAAAAGUGAGAACACGGUGGUGCCAACAGCACCCCCUGCCCCCCACCAGGUCAUUCGCUGCCUGCACUGA